CAGGAAUUGCGAGGACCCCCAGUAUCCUUCUACUCCAUUAUGCCAACCUAACGUUGCAGUCUUUACAGCUGCCAGAGAAAGUGCUUUACAAUGGAGCUUACUGAAACUCUUGAUUCUUUGGAGGACCUUGGAUACCAGGGUCCUCUGCUCGAGAACAGAGCUCUUGAGACAGCUGUGACUGGUGGCGCUGCAUCUCCAGAGUUCACUAAACUCUGUGCCUGGCUUGUGUCUGAGCUGAAGCUGUACUGCAGACUAGAGGAGAAUGUGCAGGCGACCAACUGUCCGAGUGAGGCUGAGGGGUUUCAGCUGGAGAUGAGUGGUCUUUUAGCUGAGCUGUGCUGUCCGUAUCCUGCUCUCGUCACCGGAGAGGUCACCAAACGUCUGCUGAAUGCAAACAACUCCCUUUUACUGCUAAGCUUCUUGAUCUCCGAGCUUGAGGCGUCUAGGAUGAUUCUGAUAAACCAGCCCCAGAAGAAGGUGCAGGAGACAGGCGGCAGUGAAGUCUUCAUGGAGCUGAAGAGCAUCUGUAUGGCUCUGGGCAUGUCCAAACCUCCUGCCAACAUCACCAUGUUCCAGUUUUUCAGUGGUAUUGAGAAAAAACUGAAGGAAGCUUUGUCCAAGGUCCCUCGCUCUCAUAUAGGAGAACCUCUACUGAAGAAACCACUGGGUCCUGUACAUUGGGAGAAAAUUGAAGCAAUAAAUCAAGCACUUGUGAAUGAGUAUGAAGUCAGAAGAAAGAUGUUGCUAAAACGUCUGGAUGUGACGGUGCAGUCUUUUGGCUGGUCAGAAAGAGCCAAGACACAUGUUGAUAGACUUUCGAAAGUGUACCAGCCUCGUCGUGUGGUGCUGGCCACUAAAUCCAAAGUGUCUGUGGCUCACCUGUUUGCUGCUAGAGAAGAUUUAUCAAAGAUCUUGAGAACCAGCAGUGGUCACAUCAGGGAGAAAACAGCCUGUGCCAUUAACAAGGUCCGGAUGGGUCGUGUUCCUGAUCGAGGAGGGAGACCCAAUGAGAUUGAAGCCCCACCUCCAGAGAUGCCCACUUGGCAGAAACGGCAAGAUGGUCCACAAGGGGGCAGUGGAGGACAGUACUACUCUGGUGGUGGUGGUGGAGGAGGAGGAAGAGGUGGUGGAAGAGGUGGCUAUGAUCAGCAAGGAGGCCGUGGAGGUCAUGAGAGAGGAGGAGGAGGUACCGGCAGAGGUGGGAGAGGAGACCACCGUGGAGGUAAAGCGCAGGGGAACUGGCAGGAUAGCUCUGGUGGAGGUGGAGGUGGAUACCAGGGCCAUUACCAGGACAGUGGAUAUCGAGGAGGAGGCUACCAAGGAGGCCAGCAAGGACCAGGCUACCCAGGAGGAGGAUAUCAGGGUGGAGGUGGGAGUUACCAGCACGAAGGCUACUAUCAAGAUGGAGGACGAAACCAGGAGAGAGGAGGAAGGGGCGGGCGUGGGGGUAGAGGACGAGGAAGAGGAAGUGGGCAGGGAGGAGGAUGGGGUGGAAGAGGUGGGCAAAAUUUUAACCAAGGUGGGCAAUUUGAGCAGUUCUUUCAGCAAGGUGGGCACCAGUAUAACCAGGCCGGCUUUGGCCAGGGAAGACAGUUUACUAGCUGAAAAGAGACGGUUACUGCGAUCUAUAGCUUCAAAGAGGAGCUACAGUUCUCUGAUGGUAGGAGACUGAGAGAGACACAGGCCUCUGAAUGAGCGGAUAGGUAUAACAUCUCAUCAUUCACAUGGUGCCUGUGGAGUCUGCUUUACAGAGAUCUCCUCUGAAUGAACAAUGUACUUCUGCAUGUCUACGGUUGGUUUAAAUUGUUCUGCUUCAGAGAUACCAUUUAAACUACUUCAGUUAUUUGGAAGUGCGUGCUUGGGUUGCCAAAAAACUAGGAUGAACUUUGUGUUGCUGGGUUUUUCUUCUUCCUUCCUCAUUGAUGAUUGACAUCGGUCCAGUCUACUGCCUGAUCGCGCUGCCCCGACAAUCUGACGAAGCCUUAUACUAGGAAGUUAUCAAACUUUUGUUAUUCUAUUUUUACUUAGGGAAAUGUUACUUUAACAUCAUUAAUUCUCAAUGUCCAUCCUAUCAAUUCAUUGAUCAGCACAUGAAAAUGUUUUUCUUCUUUUUCUUAUCUCUCUCAGUGGGAUUUUGUUAACAUAUGAGUAAAGGUCAUGCUCAUAUGUGAAUGUUCAUUUGACUGUGUGGAAACCCUGAGAUUGACUGACUGACAUGAUUGGAGCUUUUUGCUGUUUUGGGAAAGAAUGGUUACAGUUCACCUUUACAGUGUGUGAAGGUUUAUGAAUGAUUAAAUACACCAUAAAGAAAAGA